GGGCUGUGCAACCGUCCUUGUUGGAUACAUCAUAUUGAACACAGACUGUGGACUCUCAGUAAACAUUUGAAGUUAGUCAUUAACACAGUUUAAACACUGCAACAUCAUUUCUGCCCUCGUCCCUAACUGUCCAAAUUUAAUGUUGGAGUCAUGGGACGGUUGUUCUUCUGUAUUUCCCUCCUGGUUGCUGUGUGGUCUACAAGAGUCAUCGGCAUGUCAGUGUUCUACAGCGGCCCUCAGGCUAACGCAGUGCUGCGGGCCAAGAGGGCCAACAGCUUCAUGGAGGAGCUGCGGGCCCCGUCCCAGGAGCGUGAGUGCGUGGAGGAGGUGUGCACCUUCGAGGAGGCCUGCGAGAUCUUCCACACACGGGAGGCCACGCUGGAGUUCUGGACCGUGUACACAGAUGGGAACCAAUGUGAGAAGAACCCAUGUGUGAACGGCACCUGUGUGGACCAGUUCCAGUCCUACGUCUGCAAGUGUGACCUGGGUUUCGAGGGGAGAAACUGCGACCGAAACAGCACAGCGUCUAACUGCACAGUGGACAACGGGGACUGUGACCAUGUGUGCCGGGAGAGGGAGGAUGGAGGAGGACGUUCCUGCAGCUGUCUCUCCGGAUACCGUCUCCAAGACGACUCCAAAACCUGCCGCCCAUCCGGGGAGUAUUCUUGUGGGCAGCUGGCGGCUCCGCGGGUUGCAGAUAAGCCCAUCCUGGGGCUACAGCCUUGGCUGGUCGGGGGAGAAGUUGGGAAGAAGGGCGAGAGCCCCUGGCAGGUGCUGAUUCUAAAUGACAGGGGGAAGUUUCACUGUGGGGGGGUGUUGAUAGACCAGUCCUGGGUCCUCACUGCAGCUCACUGUCUGGAGACCAGCAACCGAUUCAGCGUGAGACUGGGAGACUACGAGCGUUUUAAGUUCGAGGGCACGGAGCUGACGGUGGCCGUUGACAAGGCCGUCUCCCACCCCGACUACAACACGGAGACGGUGGACAACGACAUCGCCCUCCUGCGGCUGAAGGACGCGGCGCACUACUCCCCCUUCAUCGUGCCGGCCUGCCUGCCCGACCGCGGUCUGGCGGAGGGCGUGCUGCACCGGAACGGCACGCGCACGGUGGUGACCGGCUGGGGCAAGCAGGACGAGCUGAAGAAGCACUUCACCUCGGCGCUCAGCUUCAUCAACAUCCCGCUGCUGGACCACGAUCAGUGCGCGGGCUCCAUGGAGAACAACGUGUCGCGGAACAUGCUGUGCGCCGGCGUGCUGGGCCGGCGGGAGGACGCGUGCGACGGGGACAGCGGAGGGCCCAUGGUGACGCGCUACAGGGACACCUGGUUCCUCAUCGGCCUGGUGUCCUGGGGCGAGGGCUGCGGCUGGAGGGACAAGGUGGGCAUCUACACCAAGGUGUCCAACUACAUGGAGUGGAUCGACAGCGUGCGCAACACGCACGCCCCCACACCGCCCUCCCCCUGACCCUGCCUCAACGCGCCCCCACACCGCCCUCCCCCUGACCCUGCCUGUACACGCCCCCACACCGCCCUCCCCCUGACCCUGCCUCAACACACCCCCACACCGCCCUCCCCCUGACCCUGCCUCAACACACCCCCAUACCGCCCUCCCCCUGACCCUGCCUCAACACGCCCCCCUG